AUGGAUGGCGCGGAAACGAUCGAGACGCUGGUGGAGUGCCAGGUCUGUUUCGACUCCGUGCCGUCGGAGGACGCGAUGGUCCAAAUAUGCCACGAAUCGUGCAACGGGGCUAUGUGCAUGCACUGCAUGUCGUCGUAUUUAAAGUCGUGCGCUGGAUCUGCCCCCCGCGGCAUCUUGUCCCGGAUGAAAUGCCCACUCUGCAUCCGACCGCUCAACUUGCUGCGUGUAAUCAAGGCAAUCCAGCACACGGGUGAGAGCGCGGCGGUCGCUCGACAAGUCCUUUCGUUUCGCUAUCGCGUGGAAGGCUCUUGUGAGCUGCUGUGUCCUGAAUGCCACGAUCCAUCCAACUUGCUCCCGUCCACCCCAACCGCAGAUGCAGCCAUCGACGACAAGAAUCAAUGGAAUGAUUGGCCGGACGAGCUCCUCGAAUGCCAUGCUGAGCACGUAGACACCCUUGUUUCCGCGUGCUAUCGAUACUGCAAUCACGACUUGCCCGCCACACCAUUCCUCGAGUUGCUUCAGCGCAUCCCUGGCAUCACCAGCUCGGUCGACUUCGCGCAGAAGCUGAUGAGGUUUGUGUUUGACCCGGAGCGCCGUGUGUCGCUCUUUCUCGCAAUGUCCAAGUGGAAUCCGUACCAAACGACUCUGUGCUGCAGCGCUGACGUGUGCUUUGAUUGCAAACAGCAAGGCCACCACGAAGACUCGUUUUGCAAUGCAAACCCGCCCGACAUGGAAGAGAUGGCGCAGUGCCCUCAGUGCCAUCUCGUGCUUGUCAAAGGGGACGGGUGCAGUACGAUCACUUGCUAUUGUGGCACAAUAUUUGAAUGGGACGUCCAAGUCGCCUGGUACGAACUGAAGGUUCGCACGGUGGCAGUGCUGGCGUCGCAUCGCCCAGCCUUUCAGUCCGUGUUAGUCUUUUUGAAGCAUCGCGUGCGCCGGCGCAAUUACUCCGAGCUCGUCAUCCGUCGCGUUCCUGCGUUUGUGCAGUGCCUGCGAAUGGCCAAGAUGACGCCGAUUCUGUCCGCCGCUCCUUGGAGCACCACCAUCCGAUCUGCCUUUCAACGUUGGAUGGGUCGUCGGCGCAAGCUCAAGCUAACGAUUGCAGCCCAACGACUAUGUUUCCAGCAACGCGUGAUCCCUUGUCUUCCCGAUCAUGCACGGAAAGUUCGUCUGGCUCAGCUAACGAAGUUUGUAUCGCAACCGAAGUCGACGUGGAUGACGGCAUUUAAAACGUUGGUGGUGCGGGCCGUAGCGCGUCGGCGCUUUGCUCGAGUCUUGCAAGAUAUUCCCAAGGCAACAAAGCGUCGUGCCGAGACAAAAGCACAUAUGAACGAUGUACCAACGACCUUCGAUCCAGUGAACGACUCCUACGACUAG